CAUGCAAGGAUGAGCUGUAUCGAUAUCCGUGUAUGGACUUUGGCCCAAUGCGGCAGUAUGCCAUGCAUGGGCUAGGCUACUAUUAUGGCCAGUAUGGGUGUCACGAUAACCUCGGACCAGCACUCAUCCAAUCAGCUCUCACAGCUGACUUGCAGUUGUUGAUGAAAGUGAACAAUUGCCAAUAGCGGCGGCACGUCUUCCGUCAUCAUCAUUUUGGCCGACUGUUCCUGAAAUGUAGCACUAGCACCCUACCACUUGAAACUCACCUCUUCUUUUUGUGUCAAACCAGAGGAGUCGAGUCUUUCAAGAAGUAGUUUGUUUGCAUUGCAGAGCCGAAAGUCAAGUUGGCAAUUUCCACUCAAUAAUUUUAUGGAGAUUGAGAAGCGUCGUACAAGAUUUUGAAGAGAUUGAGAACAUUAGAUAUUACUCUCUCCAUGUGGCCAGCCAUCAAUUCGUGUUGUUCUGACAUUGAUCUCUGCCGUAGUAAUUGUGCUUCGAGCCGGAAUCCUGUCACUGGGAACCGUGUUGCUUGCCAGUGACCUGAGCUGAAUGCACCUGUCAGCCUGCUGCUAAGAAGAAAAUAUUUUGUGUUCACUUCUGAAGUCAUGGAAUGCAUCGAUAAUCUGUAGGCUGUUGACGAACAAGUGUGGUGCACCAUGGCGAAGCCUGAUGCCAAUGAUUUUAGUUUCCUGAGCGAGGAAGAACGACGGCAUAUUCUCGGUGUUCUUGAACGUGAAGAAGAAGCACAGAAAGAAUUAGAUGUUCAGGUCAAGGAAACGGCCAAACGUCUACAGUCAAUCCAGAAGGCUGCUCGCUCGGAGAAUGGCUGCAAGUGUUGCGGUACAGAGUUUGGCAUUAUCUUCAACCGUGGCGCCCUCUGUCCUAAAUGCUCCUCCAAGGUUUGCAAGGCUUGCCGGAAACGGGACAACAACACGUGGGAGUGCUCAAAGUGCAGCGUAAACCGUGAGUUACAACUGGAAACGGGAACGUGGUUCUACCAGCAGGGGCCCAACGGCGGCGAUAUAUCCCCGUCGAAGGUGACCGCUGGUGCUGGGCCCUUACCGGCAGUGUGCAAGACUCUGAAGAAAGCUCUCGCCGAGCAGACCAGUGUGGCCACCAUUACAUCAACAGCCACACAAGCUGAAGAGGCCCAGGGGUCUGUUGCUGCGGAGCAAGCUGAGGAGCCUCAGCUUGAUCCGGAUCGCCAUAGUCUUUCUGAGGUUGAUCCAACUCCGCUUCACAAGGUGGCCUCUAGUGACCUGGAUGUCACCGGCUCUGUGGCCGUAUCUGUCCAGUACAAGGGUGGCAAGGUCAUUGUCGGAGUUCAAGAGAUCAAAGGCCUUGCCAAUCCCAGAGCCAACAGCCUGCCGAAUCCGUAUUAUCGUCUGUAUAUGCUUCCCGACGAUGAGCAUGCCACUAAGAAAAUCUCCCCGUCGAUGCGAGGCACGUGCUGGCCGCUUUUCAACUCCCUAUUCGAGUUUGAGGUACCGUUCGAUGACGUGUUUGACAAGAUACUGUGGCUGUCGGUCUGGGACCAUGUAGGACAUGGCAGUGACAGCUUCCUGGGCGAGACUCGCCUGCCGCUGUCGCGCCUAGACUUGAGAUGUAGUGACCUGCUGCACUACACGCUACAUGAUCGGCAAGUCGACUCCGAACCACCUGUUGCUGAGCCUGUUGUCAAGCCUAUGGGUGUGAAAAAAUCAUCUAGUCACGAAAGUUUGUUCAGUGUGUCCACCGGUCUCAGUGCCCAGUCUAAAGGCAGCAGAGGAUCGUUCACCGGCGUCACUGGCUUUCUCAAGAUGUCCAUCUGUCACCGGCACGACGAGCUGCAGGUGUCUGUGGAGAGAGCUAUCAACCUAGCCAAUCCACACCGGUUUGGCAACCCGGAUCCUUACGUCAAGGCCUAUCUGCUGCCGGAUGCCAAUAAGGAAACAAAGCGGAAAACCAAGGCUGCUCGGCAGACUGUUGACCCCCAGUACAACUCCACAUUGACAUGGCCGGUAUCACUGGAGGAUGCGCAGUGUCGUAUCCUGCAUAUAGCCGUCUUUGACUGCUCCAAGCUGGGCCGGAACAAGUUCCUGGGCGAGGUGCGCCUGCGCCUGGACUCGGUCGACCUGUGCGAUGCCACCGUGCUGGAGUACCCUCUGGCUGAGCAGAAUAGCCAGGCGACCACCGACCACAUUCUCGGCGGAGAUCUGGCCAGGGUGUCUGUAGGCACUCCGUCCAUGUCCGGAGCACCAACACCGGAGAGCCAGCGCUUAAGACCCAAGCUGCAGGGACACAGCAAGCCAUCGCCACGCUUGGCAAGAAGGGACAGUGUUGGUAGUUAUGAGAGUGUCCAGUCGACAAUCACAACUGCAGCUGGUGGAAUGAGCAGCAUGCGUACCGUGGUGGUAACUGGCUUUGUCACAUUCGGUCUUAGUUACCAUGCCAGCAAGCUUCACAUCAAUGUUGUGCGCUGCAUCGAUUUGGCUCCCCCGCGUGGACCAGGAACCGUGGCUGAUCCGUACAUCAAGCUGUACCUGCUGCCGGAUAAGAACAAGGCCACGAAACGCAAGACAAAGGCCAAGAAGAGGACGCUGGAUCCUAGGUUCGACGAGACGCUUUCUAUCAAGAUGAAUGAGAGUGAGCUGAGGGACCGCACCCUGUGGCUGUCGGUCUGGGACAACCAUACCCUGUCCAGGAACACGUUCCUAGGAGAAGUACGGCUCAAGAUGGCGUCUGUCGAUUUUGCAGAAGAAUCACCCCGUGAAAUACCUCUCUUUGACUUGAAAAGCCCAGAGGUCAAGUUCAGCGAUAUGGCUCCACCGGCGGCAGAUCCUGAAACCCAUAUUAUCCAGGAGGACCUUCUGAAACAAGAGGCCAUGGCAGCGUCAGCGUCUGGCAUUGCCGUGCCUGCUUCAAGGUCCUUGGAGUUCAUCAAGACGAGCAGCAGUGGUACGGAGGGUUUAAGUGGAACGGAUCCCGCCACCUCCGGCGCUCCUGUGGUGUCUGUCAGCCGUGCCAGUGUCGCUUCUGAAGGAUCCCGUGUGGAGCACACCAGCCCCAUCGGCGGUGGUGGUGGUCAGUCAGUGCAGCCAGCCAGUGCAAUACCCAGCAAAGUGAAGGACUUGGAUACCACCAGUCUGUACAGUGUGGGUAGUGUGGCUACCAUGGCACCAGGUGCUAGCGCUGGCAAAUCAGUAGUUGUGACUGGUAACAUCACAUUGGCAGUCUACUAUGGCAAUGGUUGUCUGCAUGUCAAGGUCAAGGGCUGCAAAGGACUGGCUAGUCCGCACAGCAAUGGCUUGGUUGAUCCGUAUGUGAAGACGUACCUGGUGCCUGACAAGGCAAAGUCCAGCAAAAAGAAAACGAAAGCAGCCAAGAAAACAACGUCACCGGUAUACAGUGAAGACUUGCAGUACAAACUAUCGCGUGCUGAGCUGUCUGGUCGUACACUGUGGGUAUCAGUUUGGGACAAUGCCCGCCUUGGCCAUAACGCUUUCCUUGGUGAAGUGCGUCUUCUACUCGACAACAUUCACGUGCACCAGGACCCUGAAACGUUUGACUUGCAAGAAAAGGACAGUUUGCCGUCUAACAUGGUGUUUGAUGACGAUAUGGAGUCGCCACAUUCAGUCCGUAGAAGAGGAAGCGAUCCACCGUUGGAGCCAAUCCGCGAGCGAGCGUCGAAGGAGUCGUUGAAGAACAUCACAUCUGCGUCAUCGCAGGUGGAGAAUUCUGAUCCUGGUGCAGCUGGUGUUGCCAAAUCUGAGAGCCGGGCGUCAGUAAAAUCUGAGACAGCGCAGGCAGAGCAUGUACGUAGUGAUAAGGAUGUUACUGUGAAGCAAGAGGUCAUGGCAGUGUCUUCGUCUGACAUUGCCGUACCCGCUUCAAAGUCAUCAGUGGAGCCGACCAGUGCAAUACCCAGCAAAGUCAAGGACUUGGAUACCACCAGUCUGUACAGUGUGGGUAGUGUGGCUACCAUGGCACCAGGUGCUAGCGCUGGCAAAUCAGUAGUUGUGACUGGUAACAUCACAUUGGCAGUCUACUAUGGCAAUGGUUGUCUGCAUGUCAAGGUCAAGGGCUGCAAAGGACUGGCUAGUCCGCACAGCAAUGGCUUGGUUGAUCCGUAUGUGAAGACGUACCUGGUGCCUGACAAGGCAAAGUCCAGCAAAAAGAAAACGAAAGCAGCCAAGAAAACAACAUCACCGGUAUACAGUGAAGACUUGCAGUACAAAUUAUCGCGUGCUGAGCUGUCUGGUCGUACACUGUGGGUAUCAGUUUGGGACAAUGCCCGCCUUGGCCAUAACGCUUUCCUUGGUGAAGUCCGUCUUGUACUCGACAACAUUCAGAGCCAUCAGGACACGGAAACUUUCGACUUGCAAGAAAAGGACAGUUUGCCGUCCAACAUGGUGUUUGAUGACGAUAUGGAGUCGCCACAUUCAGUCCGUAGAAGCGGCAGCGAUCCACCGCUGGACCCAAUCCGGGAACGAGCGUCGAAGGAGUCGUUAAAGAACAUCACAUCUGCGUCAUCGCAGGUGGAGAACUCUGAUCCUGGUGCAGCUGGUGUUGCCGAAUCCGAGAGCCGGACGUCGGUAAAAUCUGAGACAAAGCAGGCAGAGCAUGUGCGUGGUGAUAAGGAAGAUAUUGUGAAGCAAGAGGCCAUGGCAGUGUCUUCGUCUGACGUUGCCGUACCCGCUUCAAAGUCAUCAGUGGAGCCAGCCAGUGCAAUGCACAGCAAAGUGAAGGACUUGGAUACCACCAGUCUGUACAGUGUGGGUAGUGUGGCUACCAUGGCACCAGGUGCUAGCGCUGGAAAAACAGUAGUUGUGACUGGUAACAUGACAUUGGCAGUCUACUAUAACAAUGGUUGUCUGCAUGUCAAGGUCAAGGGCUGCAAAGGACUGGCUAGUCCGCACAGCAAUGGCUUGGUUGAUCCGUAUGUGAAGACGUACCUGGUGCCUGACAAGGCUAAGUCCAGCAAAAAGAAAACGAAAGCAGCCAAGAAAACAACAUCACCGGUAUACAGUGAAGACUUGCAGUACAAACUAUCGCGUGCUGAGCUGUCUGGUCGUACACUGUGGGUAUCAGUUUGGGACAAUGCCCGCCUUGGACAUAACGCUUUCCUUGGAGAAGUUCGUCUUCUACUCGACAACAUUCAGAGCCAUCAGGACACAGAAACGUUUGACUUGCAAGAAAAGGAUAGCUUACCUUCUAACAUGGUGGUUGAUGACGAUUUAGAGUCGCCACGUUCAGUCCGUAAAGUAGACCAUGACGAACCCAUGGAGCCAAUCAGGGAACGAGUGUCCAAGGAGUCAGUGAAGAAUAGCAUACCUGCGUCACCGGAUUUGGAGAAGCCUGAGACUGGUGCAGCUGGUGUCGCUACGUCUGAAAGCCCGCCAUCAGUACAGUGUGAGAUAGAAGAGCCAGAGAAUGUGGAUGAUGAUACGUCAUCCACGCCGGCUUCCGCCAUUGGAAAAAUGAGUGCUGGAGCCGAGUCAGCUAUGAAUGAGCCAUUACAGAAAUCAGCUUUAAAUGCUCGAACCAGCAACCUCAAGAGAAGUAACAGCGUAACUAGCAUCGGCAGCACUGCGUCAGCGUUUGUCAACUCUGCAAGCGUUGUUGAAGUCACUGGUUCUAUUACUCUCUCCAUACUUUUUGUGAAGAAGAAGCUUGAUGUGCACGUUGUCAGGUGUGAAGGCCUCAGCGCACCACCCAAGAGGUCCUCUGCUGACUCGUAUGUCAAGGCUUACUUGUUGCCUGAUCCUAAGAAGCAGUCCAAGAAGAAGACCAAGCAAGUCUCGAAGAGCCUCAAUCCUACCUUCAACGAAACCCUAACUUUCAAGACACCGGACUUGACAUCUCGCGUCUUGUGGGUAUCGGUCUGGGACAACGCACGGCUCUCGCAGAACACAUUCCUGGGAGAAAUUCGUUUGGAUCUUGGCAGCAUGGACUUCUCGGAGAAGUGGACGAAGACAUUCAACCUGAUGGAGAAGGACUGUGAACCUGUGCUGUUGCGUGAUGUAGGACAUGCAGAAACGGCUGCAGCUGCACACAAGGCGCAGGAAGAGGAGGAAAAGCGCCGCCUGGAAGAGGAGCGCCAGCAACAGGAGGCUAAACAGCGGGAGGAAGAGUGGAAGCGCCUUGAAGUAGAACGCCAAAAGGAAAUUGAAGAGCAGGCUGAAAGAGAACGACUGGAGAAAGAAGCAGAAGAGAAAGAAAAGCAGCGCCAAGAAGUAGAAGAGAAGCAACAGCGUGAAGAAGAAGAGGAAGAGCAGCGCAGACUACUGCAAGAGAAGAUGGCAAUGGCUGAUGCUGAGGAAAAGGAGCGCCUUCAGCUGCAGGCGGAGAAGGAACGCAUACAAAGAGAAGCAGAUGAGAAGGAGCGGCUACAGAAAGAAGCAGAGGAGAAAGAACGUCUGCAAAAGGAAGCAGAGGAACAGGAACAUCAGCGCCAACUCGAAGAGAAGCAGCGGCAAGAGGAAGAGCAACGGAAACUAGAAGAGAAGCAGCGGCAAGAGGAAGAGGAACAGCGGAAGCUCGAUGAAGAACAGAAAGCAAAGGCUGCUGAGGAGGAGCGUCGCAAGACCAGUGGUGUUCAGUCAGUGGAGUCGGCCAGUGCAAUAUGCAGCAAAGUGAAGGACUUGGAUACCACCAGUCUGUACAGUGUGGGUAGUGUGGCUACCAUGGCACCAGGUGCUAGCGCUGGCAAAUCAGUAGUUGUGACUGGUAACAUCACAUUGGCAGUCUACUAUGGCAAUGGUUGUCUGCAUGUCAAGGUCAAGGGCUGCAAAGGACUGGCUAGUCCGCACAGCAAUGGCUUGGUUGAUCCGUAUGUGAAGACGUACCUGGUGCCUGACAAGGCAAAGUCCAGCAAAAAGAAAACGAAAGCAGCCAAGAAAACAACAUCACCGGUAUACAGUGAAGACUUGCAGUACAAACUAUCACGUGCUGAGCUGUCUGGUCGUACACUGUGGGUAUCAGUUUGGGACAAUGCCCGCCUUGGACAUAACGCUUUCCUUGGUGAAGUGCGUCUUCUACUCGACAACAUUCAGAGCCAUCAGGACACUGAAACGUUCGACUUGCAAGAAAAGGAUAGCUUGCCCUCUAACAUGGUGGUUGAUGACGAUUUAGAGUCUGCAGUCCGUAAAGUAGACAACGACGUACCCAUGGAGCCAAUCCGGGAACGAGUGUCCAAAGAGUCCGUGAAGAAUAGCAUACCUGCGUCACCGGAUUUGGAGAAGUCUGAGACUGGUGCAGCUGGUGUCGCUACUUCUGAAAACCCGCCAUCAGUACAGUGUGAGAUACAACAGCCAGAGAAUGUGGAUGAUGAUAAGUCACCCACCCCGGCUUCUGCCAUUGGAAAAACGAGUGCUGGAGCCGAAUCAGCUAUGAAUGAGUCCUCGCAGAAAUCGGCUUUGAACUCUCGAACCACCAGCCUCAAAAGAAGUAACAGCGUAACUAGCAUUGGCAGCACUGCAUCAGCGUUUGUCAACUCUGCAAGCGUUGUUGAGGUAACAGGUUCUAUUACUCUCUCCAUACUCUAUGUAAAGAAGAAGCUUGAUGUGCACAUUGUCAGGUGUGAAGGCCUCAGCGCACCACACAAGAGGUCCACUGCUGACUCGUAUGUCAAGGCCUACUUGUUGCCUGAUCCUAAGAAGCAGUCCAAGAAGAAGACCAAGCAAGUCUCGAAAAGCCUCAGUCCUACCUUCAAUGAAACCCUAUCUUUCAAGAUGCCGGAGAAGGACUUGACAUCUCGCGUCUUGUGGGUAUCGGUCUGGGACAAUGCACGGCUCUCGCAGAACACAUUCCUGGGAGAACUUCGCUUGGAUCUUAGCAGCAUGGACUUCUCGGAGAAGUGGACGAAGACAUUUAACCUGGUGGAGAAGGACUGUGAACCUGUGCUGUUGCGUGCGGUAGGACAUGCAGAAACGGCAACAGCUGCUCGCAAGGUGCAAGAAGAGGAGGAAAAGCGCCGCCUGGAAGAGGAGCGCCAGCAACAGGAGGCUAAACAGCAGGAGGAAGAGUGGAAACGCCUUGAAGCAGAACGCCAAAAGGAAAUAGAAAAGCAGGCUGAAAGAGAACUGCUGCAGAAAGAAGCAGAGGAGAAAGAGAAACAGCGCCAAGAAGAAGAAGAGAGACAACAACGUGAAGAGGAAGAGAAAAGACAAAAGGCUGCAGCUGAGGAAGAACAGCGCCUAAAGGAACAAGCUGAGAAGGAACGGCUGCAGAAAGAAGCAGAGGAGAAAGAGAAACAGCGCCAAGAAGAAGAAGAGAGACAGCAACGUGAAGAGGAAGAGAGAAGACAAAAGGCUGCAGCUGAGGAAGAACAGCGCCUAAGGGAACAAGCUGAGAAGGAACGGCUGCAGAAAGAAGCAGAGGAGAAAGAGAAACAGCGCCAAGAAGAAGAAGAGAGACAGCAACGUGAAGAGGAAGAGAGAAGACAAAAGGCUGCAGCUGAGGAAGAACAGCGCCUAAGGGAACAAGCUGAGAAGGAACGGCUGCAGAAAGAAGCAGAGGAGAAAGAGAAACAGCGCCAAGAAGAAGAAGAGAGACAGCAACGUGAAGAGGAAGAGAGAAGACAAAAGGCUGCAGCUGAGGAAGAACAGCGCCUGAAGGAACAAGCUGAGAAGGAACGGCUGCAGAAAGAAGCAGAGGAGAAAGAGAAACAGCGCCAAGAAGAAGAGAGGCAGCGGCGUGAAGAAGAAGAGGAAGAGCAGCGUAGACUACUGGAAGAGAAGAUGCAAAAGGCCGAUGCUGAGGAAAGGGAGCGCCUUAAGCUGCAGGCAGAGAGAGAACGCCUAGAGAGAGAAGCAAAUGAGAAGGAACGACAACAGAAAGAAGCAGAGGAGAAAGAACGUUUGCAAAAGGAAGCAGAGGAACAGGAACGUCAGCGCCAACUCGAAGAGAAGCAGCGGCAGGAGGAAGAGCAGCGGAAACUAGAAGAGAAGCAGAGGCAAGAGGAAGAGCAACGGAAACUAGAAGAGAAGCAGCGGCAGGAAGAGGAACAGCGGAAGCUCGAUGAAGAACAGAAAACAAAGGCUGCUAAGGAGGAACGUCUCAAGAAGGAGGCAGAAGCUGCUGAAGAAGAACGGAAAAGGCAAGAAGCUGAAGAACACCAGAAGAAGCUUGAAGAAGAGCGUAUAGAGAAGGAGGCUGAAGAGAAACGAAUCCAGGAGGAACAGCUUAAGCGCCAGGAAGAGUAUGCUGCUCGAAGGAAACAAGAGGAAGAAGCUGAAGCAGAGAAACAGAAACAAGAGGAAGAAGCUGAAGCAGAGAAACGGAGACAAGAGGAAGAAGCUGAAGCAGAGAAACGGAGACAAGAAGAAUUGAAGAAGAAGGAGCUGGAAGAAAUGUCAGCACUUGCAUCACCAGCUUUUGCAGCCGUAAUUGAAUCAGCUGCAACGUCUCAAUCCUUCGACAGGGAUUCCCUAAGUAGCAAACAGUCAAUUGGUGCACAAGACUCUUUAAGUCGCAAGGACUCGGAUGGGCUUCCUCGCAAGCCUGGACUUCUGGCAAGAAAACAUUCUAUCAGCAGUUUGACCAGUCAGCAGUCGGCUGUAUCCACCUACAGCAUAAUGGGCAGCAAGAAGGUCAUGGUGACUGGCAGCAUGACGGUGGCAUUCUCCUUCAAGGCUGGAAAACUCAACCUGAACAUUGUUGGCUGCAAGGAUCUCGCUAGUCCUAACUCCAACGGACAAAUCACAUCAUAUGUGAAGGCCUAUCUACUUCCAGACAGCUCCAAGGAGAGCAAGAAGAAGACGAAGUCAUUCCCGAAGUCACGCAGCCCAACGUUCAAUGAAACAAUAUCUUAUAAGCUGGAGCAGAAGGCGCUUGAUGGCAUCACAGUGCACUUGUCAGUGUGGGACAAGAGUCGCGUCGGGCACAACACUUUCCUGGGAGAGAUCCGCGUGCCCCUCUACUCGGUCGAUCUCACCGACCCGACGCCAGCGGAAUAUGUCCUCUGUGAACCGGCCGCAGCCGAAGAAGAGGGUUCUUCAGUCGGCGAGCUAGUUCUGUCAUUGCGUGUAGUUGUGCCAGAGUCUUCUGGCAAGAAGAAGAGUAAAUCUCCCAAGAUCACUGUUGAAGCUCUGAUUGAGUCUGCCGACAACCUUCCUGUGAAGAGCAAGAGCGGUUUCAUCGAUCCGUUCGUCAAGGGCUAUCUCCUUCCGGAUACGAAGAACAAGCAGAAGACGCAAACGCUGUCUCGUAACAACACGCCCGUGUGGAAGCACACACUUGUAUUUGAAGGAGCACUGAGCGCUGAGAGUGAGCUGGAGAAUCGCAGCAUGGAGCUGACAGUCUGGGACUUUGACAAACGCGGCAGUAACGACUUCCUUGGCGGGCUGCUGCUGGGUCUGGAUGAGAAAUGCUCGCCUGAAGAGUCACAGCACUGGCAAGACCUAAUGGCUGCACCAGCUGGACAGUGGGUUGAACGACGACACUUCUUGCAGAUGAACCAGCGGCGUUAGUAAGCUGAGUAGCGCCUGUAGAACGUAACACAAUCAUUGUGUGGGAUACGUAUACCAUCGUCCCACCGUCGUCCAUCUCGCGAUGAGGCGUAUAGCAAGGAACGGGAUAGUCCGUAGUCGUUGCACUGCACUGCAUCGUACUGGAGUAGCAAGUUUUCAGUGUGAUUUGCCAGCGUGUGAAUUUCUUUGCUGAUCUGCCACUUGGCGCGCCGUUUGUACUGGUCUCACCGAGGGGCAGCAUUUGUUUGUCCAUUUUUGAUACAGCUGCCCAUUAUCCUUAGUCUGUAUUUAUAGGAUAGCCUGUAGAUCACUGGUUGCUGCUCACGCACACUGUUAUGUCGUCAGGUUCACACUGCAAGUGUGACUUCCUUUUCCGGAGCUCGCGACUCUUUUAGCAAGGCACCGAUUUGCACGAAAGCAAAAAAAAUCUUUUUUUCACCGCAGCACCGUAAAUGUAACUUUCCGUGCUCUCGUUGGACCGCAUAGUCGGGCAAUGAUUUGAUUUUUAGGACUUUUCUGACCCUGUGUUUCCGUCAUAUUAUGUUCUUGAGUUUACUUCCUCCACCCGUUUACUAUGGCUGACACACCUGACCGGAUACUUUCGAGAUUAUUUAUAUCUUGUUUUUUUCUGCAUCUUUCCUAAUCUUAUCAGCGUUUUCUGCUGCUCAGGGCAAUCCUAACCAGUGCCUGCCUACGCUGAUUCCCCUCUCAUAUGGGUUUAUUUUUAACUUUUUGAUUUUGGCACGACCGUCUCUUUGAAGACUCCUAACCUUGACUUUGAACUAGCUAGGGCACAUCGUUAUCCUGCCCAUCAGCGCCGUCUUGCUAGCAUUCCUGCUCAAAUCAGUAUUGAUUUUGUACCUGGCCUGGCCAGAGCAGAUGAGCAAUGUGCCCUGUAUCUUGUGUAGUUGC